CGGAGUCCCCCGCCCUCGUCACUGCCUCCCCGGAGCUGCGGGGCAGUCGGACGCAGAGCUGCCGAACCGCGAGAACGCCUGGCCAGAGCUGCCCUCUGCAGCCCAGCCGGCGCCCCCUGCCCUUCGCCGCCGCUCUGGGCGGGCGCCCCCGCCGCCCUCACUCCGCUCCUCCAGGCUCCUCGCGCGCAGGUCGCGGAGCUCCGCCACCGCUGGGUGCGGCGAGGCCGGCGCGAUGCGGCAGCUGUGCCGGGGCCGCGUGCUGGGCAUCUCGGUGGCCAUCGCACACGGGGUCUUCUCGGGCUCCCUCAACAUCUUGCUCAAGUUCCUCAUCAGCCGCUACCAGUUCUCCUUCCUGACCCUGGUGCAGUGCCUGACCAGCUCCACCGCUGCGCUGAGCCUGGAGCUGCUGCGGCGCCUCGGGCUCAUCGCCGUGCCCCCCUUCGGUCUGAGCCUGGCGCGCUCCUUCGCGGGGGUCGCGGUGCUCUCCACGCUGCAGUCCAGCCUCACGCUCUGGUCCCUGCGCGGCCUCAGCCUGCCCAUGUACGUGGUCUUCAAGCGCUGCCUGCCCCUGGUCACCAUGCUCAUCGGCGUCCUGGUGCUCAAGAACGGCGCGCCCUCGCCAGGGGUGCUGGCGGCGGUGCUCAUCACCACCUGCGGCGCCGCCCUGGCAGGAGCCGGCGACCUGACGGGCGACCCCAUCGGGUACGUCACGGGAGUGCUGGCGGUGCUGGUGCACGCUGCCUACCUGGUGCUCAUCCAGAAGGCCAGCGCAGACACCGAGCACGGGCCGCUCACCGCUCAGUACGUCAUCGCCGUCUCUGCCACCCCGCUGCUGGUCAUCUGCUCCUUCGCCAGCACCGACUCCAUCCACGCCUGGACCUUCCCGGGCUGGAAGGACCCGGCCAUGGUCUGCAUCUUCGUGGCCUGCAUCGUGAUCGGCUGCGCCAUGAACUUCACCACGCUGCACUGCACCUACAUCAACUCGGCCGUGACCACCAGCUUUGUGGGCGUGGUGAAGAGCAUCGCCACCAUCACGGUGGGCAUGGUGGCCUUCAGCGACGUGGAGCCCACCUCUCUGUUCAUUGCCGGCGUGGUGGUGAACACCCUGGGCUCCAUCAUUUACUGUGUGGCCAAGUUCAUGGAGACCAGAAAGCAAAGUAACUACGAGGACCUGGAGGCCCAGCCUGGGGGAGAGGAGGCGCAGCUAAGUGGAGACCAGCUGCCAUUCGUGAUGGAGGAGCUGCCCUGGGAGGGAGGAAAUGGCCGGUCAGAAGGUGGGGAGGCAGCAGGUGGCCCCGCUCAGCAGAGCAGGCAAGAGGUCAGGGGCAGCCCCCGAGGAGUCCCGCUAGUGGCUGGGAGCUCUGAAGAAGGGAGCAGGAGGUCGUUAAAAGAUGCUUACCUCGAGGUGUGGAGGUUGGUUAGGGGAACCAGGUAUAUGAAGAAGGAUUAUUUGAUAGAAAACGAGGAGUUACCCAGUCCUUGAGAAGGAGGUGCAUGUAUGUACCUAUGUGCAUACACUUAUAUGUUAGAAAUGACAUGUUUUAAUGAGAGGCCUCCCCGUUUUAUUCUUUGAGGAGUGGGAAAGGGAAGAAAAGAAAGAAGCUGAAAGGUACUGACACAGAGCAACAAAAUUAGCACCUGUGUGAAUUAUUUAGUGUGACUUCACCUGAGGCAUCACAGAGACAAAAGAAUGUGAAGGUACUUAACAAAGUAAGGCCACGGUUUCUGCUUCAGACUCCUGGCACAUUUAUUUUUUGUCAUCAUAACCAUAACUAGAUAUCUGCAUGUACCAAGAGUCCCUAAGCCACCCCCUCCAAAGAUGGAGUGUAGAAAUGAUGACAGCACUUAGUAAGUUCAAAGAUGACAUUCAGGGAUGCAUUUUUUGAUGAUAGAACUACAGUUUUUAUCGCCAGCUGGGCAAAGAGUAUAUUGCUGAAAUGAUAUAUAAAUAUACUGAAUUGAUGUUUACUGUUUAUAGUCAUCUGAAAUAUCAUAUUUACUCUGAUUCUACUCAUUUUUUAAAAAUAAGUGUCUUAUUAUUGUAUUAUAUAUUGAUAGAAACUGUUAAAGCUAUUUUGAAAAUAUGAGUUCUUAGCUUUAAUCAUGAAGUCUGAAGUUUGCUUUUAGUAAUUAUUUUAAAAGUUGUUUUGGUUCAUUGCUUUAUAAUAUUUAUUAUUGAAUGCCAAACCUGUUCUUUGUUUUUUUUUUUUUACUGUGUCCAAUAUUCUUUCAAGCAAAUGCAGUGGCUGGAAUAUAAUUCAGAAUUAACUGAAACCCAGCCAGAAGAGGGACCACCUGUAAAGCAAGUCCUUUCAAGUUGCACUGCACAUCCCAAACCAUGUUACCAAAAGAGCAACUGCUAUAUUCACAUUAUGAUAUUUUUCUAUCUUAAAUUUGUCAAAAUAAAGUAUGAGUCUAACUAUUAAAA